AUGAAGAACAGUAUCAAAAUAAGAGCUAUACUUCCUGAUAUAUCUAGAGCAUAUAGAGAAUCAAGUAAUUACCACACGACGAAUCCAGGAACCGACUUUAUCAAAAUGGCGACCAAAUUUGUUCUGUAUGGAGACUAUGUUUCUCCGUAUUCUAUCACCACCGCGCAUGCAAUGCUUGAAAAGGGCAUCGUCUGGGAGUAUAGACACGUCAACAUUCUCAAAUCUGAGACUCGAACUCCUCAGCACCGACAAAUGCACCCCUUUGGCAAGGUUCCCAUUUUAGAUGUGGUGGAUGAUCGAGGAGAGACAGUGCUUCGAAUUCGUGAGAGUCGGGCAAUUGCCCGCUAUAUUGCCAUUGCUUUUUCCGGUAAGGGAAAUGAUUUGAUGCCAGAUAUCAGCGAUGCGAACGCCAUGGCUUCUUUUGAGGAGGCUGCGUCAAUAGAAGUCUGCUAUUUCUCAACUACGGCAUGGAAAUACGGCGCAGACAUUGUCAUCAAGCCCAUAUUGGGUGUCCCCCGCCUAGACGAAAAGUCACUGCAGGAUAUAUGGAAUGAAUUAAGUGGCGCCUUGAAGGCUAUGGAUGGCAUCUUGUCCAGUCGCAAAUAUCUCGCAGGCUCAGACUUCACGCUCGUUGACAUCUGGUCGAUGCCUUGGGUAUCGCAACUCAUUGAUUUAAGGGGAGGAGCUGAUGUGUUUUUCUCUGGUUUGCCGCACUUACGCCAUUGGUGGGAGACAGUGAGCUUUAGACCAGCAUGGCAGGAGGCUUAUGCCGUGGCCAUCCAGCGACCUGUGAGAGGCGUGCGCCGAAAGCGCAACGAAUACACUCUCAUCGCAUGCACUGUUUGCAAGUCCAGAAAGGUCAAAUGUGAUGGCCAGUGGCCGUGUCAACGCUGCACAAAGCGAGGCGAAGAGUGUUGCUACCCACGCCGUGGCAACGUACCAAGUAUCAACCCAAUGGUCACGGAAAUAUCUUUACACUCUGGAUGCUCACUAGCGGCUGAAGACGUAAUUGCACCUUGUGCAUCGGCGGAUUCCAUGAGCCUUGCCCUGAAUGAACCUUCGCGGCAUUCACACAGUGGAAGCCUGAACAGCUCUCCACCAAGCUCUGGGGUUCCUGUUAGUGACGGCAAGUCUCCCGCAGCUCGCCGUUCAAGUUUUGUCGAUACUUUCAACUUGGCCAAAUCAUGUCUUGAAGCCAAUGGCAUAGUGAGACCUGCAGAGAAGGACGACGUUCAAGGCCCAAACAGGGCACAAUCUUUAGUAUUGGAGAAGCCACUUGCUUUCAUGUUUGAAGACUGCGCGGAAUCGAUCCUAGAACUCGAAUACGACAGAGCGAGACGGCUAUUCUCGACCUUUGUAGACACUAUCUAUCCGAUUUACCCUUGCUCUCCGCCCAUUAGCGUGACCAAGGUUGAUAUUCUCAAGGCACUAUUAGGCCUGACUCUCCUCGUGGAAGAUGAUACUACGAGCCCUCUAGCACGGCACCUCCAACGCCACGUCGAUUGGACAGUAGAGAAACUUGUCACUGGCACAGGCCCAGAUAUGGACGACAUUGUCAUGGCUACUUUGAUGAGUCUUUACUUCUUCCACAAGUCUGAACAUAUGAAGGCAUGGCAGCUCAUAGGCCUGGCAUCGAGGGCCUGUUAUGAGCUUGGCCUUCACCAAGCAUCCGACGAGACUCAGAGUUGUGCGCAAGCUCCAUCUUCUCUUUUCCUCAAAGAGUUAUUUUGGUCGAUAUACAUAUUAGAUCGCACGAUUUCUUUUGCAACUGACCUCCCUUAUACCACCAAGGACGAAGACAUCGACGAGAGGUGUUUUGAUCUUGGAACAUCGGCACCGUUUCUGAUGGUAAUAAUAGAAUAUACUCGCCUGACAUCCGAAAUAAUCGGGUUGUCGAAGCCGUCGGCCAAGAGUGCCGUAGAAAAUCGACAGCAUAAGGAGUAUCUCGAUUAUAAAAACUCGCUCCAGGAUGGCGAGCUCAUGGAUGACCUUGAGACCUUCACUGCGGUGGGGGCCAACCAUGCCCGAAUGAUGCUCCGAAAGCCUCUCCUUCACUCAUACUUAGGAGACCGAGAAAAGCAACAAGCCGCUGCCUUUAGCAUUGAGCGCGCCAGAGAUACUGUAUUUCUUUGCUCGAGGGUUAUUAGCAAGGCUGUUCCCUCGAAAUGCCUGCGCACCUUCUAUGAAUACUUCCUCGUCUCGUCAUUGGCGACAAUCCUGCUUAUUGUUUCUCAAGAUCCAAAAACAUACGGUCCGGAAAGCAGAGAGGCAUUCCAGGAGGCAAUCAAGAUACUUGAGGUUUCGAAGUGGGGUCAACACUUUGGAUCUCAGAAUCUGUGCUUUACAUUUAAGCAACUUAUCAAAAUAGGGGAGUGUCUCAACAUGCCUAAAGAUGAUAACGUACCGGUAUCACAAAACUUCGGAGACGUCGAUUUAGGGCACUUCUUACUUAAUCCCCAGUGCGCUGCACUCAAUGACGUUCAAACUCUCAACGAUAAUAUAUUCAGUCUAUUCGGGAUGAAUAGAAGCUGGUCGGUGAACAAUAGCUACAUCUGAGGUAUAUCUUUAAUCGAGUAUCCAGGAGGAGCGUGCGGAAUGAUUGAUUCAAGGGUAGCCUAAUAAAGCGUUUUUUAAUACAUAACUCCCUUGAACUAGAGGCGAAUAUAUAAACAACAAACAGGUUCAC